UCUUCGUCAUUUCAAAACCUCAAAAAAUCAAAACACAUUCUCUCUCUUCCCAAAAUCUUCAUCAAACCUUCUCAUCUAUAACCAAAUCACCGGAGAUAUUCAACUAUACCCUCAAUCACCGGCCAAAAAUCGCUUAAAGAUCUUCAAAAUCGCCGUAGAGUAUCAACGAUCGCCGGAGAUAUUCAACAAUCACCGGAGAAUUUCAACAGUCACCGCCGGAAAAAAAAAAUCAGGCUAAAAACGAGAGGGUUUCAGUAAUCCGUUGUAACAGCUAAGGAUAGCAAAAACAAAUCCAACCAAAAAACAAUGACCACAGCUAAAAAGGUUCGUGGUACCCCGGUGCUUGAGAAGCGCAAAAACAGGCAACAAAUAUUGACACCGGAUACUAAUACAUGCGGACCAGCAAUGCGGACAAGGGGAGCUAAAAAAGUUAACGAAGCGCAUUGUGACGAGAAGGUACACAGAAGAAAGCUAAUAAUUUUACCAGAUAGUGACUUGGACACCCCCAUGGAAAACAUGGAAAAAAGAAAAAAAGGCGACGGCGAUCAGGACGGGCCGGCAACACGUACGAGAGGAGCUCAGCAAUGGCAUGAGGAUAGCAAACCAAAGAAAAAUGUCAAAAGGAAACGAAUAAUUUCAGCAGAUGGUGACUCACAGAUGACUGCAGAUACAGCUCUGCCAAUACAGGAUGCAAUUGGUGUAAAAAAAACAAAAAAGUAAAACAUGAUCGGGUGAAAACCCGAAGUGGCAAACACGC